AUGCCAGAGGGUCCAUGUGUGUUACUUCUUGGUGGCUUGGGUAUGAUUGGUAGAAACCUUCUAAAGUACAUUGUGGACUACCAACUUGCCUCUUAUGUUCGGGUGGCGGACAAGCGGGUCCCUGAAAUGUGCCAUCUCUCUCCCACAUACAAGAGUUUGCUGACAUUACCAUAUGUUGAGGUGAUACAGGCUGAUCUGUCGGUGCAGGAACACGUGGAUCGGGCAUUUUCUGCGGCGUCAUUCAGCGUUAUCGUUAAUCUUGCCAGUGAAACACAAUACGGCCAUAUGGACGCUAUCUACGAACGAAGUAUUUUGCGAUUAAGAACCCUUUGUGCCCAAAAGGCUGCCCUUCUUGAUAGCUGUGAACGUUAUAUAGAAGUAAGCACAUGUCAGGUAUAUGAGUGUAGUAACAGUUCACCCGCAAAGGAGAAUAAGGCACGUUUAAAACCCUGGACAGCCAUGGCAAGAUAUCAUCUUGAAGCUGAAAAAAUUAUCGCAACUAUACCAAAUCUUCCAUGGGUAAUUGUACGACUACCAAUUGUAUAUGGACCAGGGGAUAUUAGAGGACUCAUGCCACGCCUUGUAUGUGCCGCCGUUUAUGAAAAUACUGGAGAUUCCAUGGAGUUUCUCUGGGGAAAAGACCUUCGAAUACACACUGUACACGUUCAAGAUGUAGCAGCAGCUAUUUGGCAUAUUGUAUGUGCUGGUGCAAUUCAUGAUAUAUACAAUGUAGUAGAUGAUGGUGAUACCACACAAGGAAGUCUAAACACUAUACUUGAAUCCAUGUUUAAAAUAAAAACAGGAUUUGUUGGGUCUAUCAUGUCUAAUUUGGCAUCUUGCAAGCUUGAGGAACUUGUAGAAGAAGCUAAUGAUGGUCACAUGGCUCCAUGGUCAGCAAUGCUCAAGAAACACAAUAUCGAUGUAACUCCUCUUAAUCCAUAUUUAGAACCUGAACUCUUGUACAAUAAUCCAUUGGCAGUUGAUGGUUUAAAAUUACGUGAAUUGGGGUUUCAAUACAGCUGUCCAAAACUCACAAGGGAAUUACUUGAGGAUAGUUUGGAGUAUUGGGUAAACUUAGGCCUUUUUCCCAGGUAA